AUGGAGGGAAAAAAGCACAAGUUCCCUCCAUUACUAGGCUACCUCCUCCUCUCCAUCGUCACCUCUGCUCCUUCCCUCAACCUAUUUUUCACCGGUGGUGUCGCCUUCUCCCUCUCCCUACUCGUCUUUAUCAUCUUCCACUUUAAGAAGAACUUCAGGGCCCUCAACCUCCCUCCCGGCUCAAAAGGCUGGCAUAUUAUGGGUAACCUUUUUCAAUUUGCGCUAUCUGGCAAAACAUUUAUCCACUACAUCUGUGACCUCUGCGCCCUCUCCGACCCAAUAUUCACACACCGCAUGGGCUCCCGCAUUCUCAUUGUCAUCACUAGCGCCGAGCUAGCCCACAAGGCCCUCAUCACUAAGGGGCAAGAGUUCGCUAGCAUGCCCCCCGAAAACCCCACCCUAACCAUUUUCAGCUGUGACAAGUUAACUGUCAACUCUGUUGUUUACGGGCCAGAGUGGCGAUCACUGCGAUGCAACAUGGUUUCGAGCAUGCUGAGCUCUGCUAGGCUCAAGGAGUUCAGGCUUGCUAGGGAGACUGGUAUGGACCGGUUCAUUGAUCGGAUUCCGGCCGAGGCAGAGUCCAGUGAGGGUGCGGUUUGGGUGCUCAAGAAUGCUCGGUUUGCCAUCUUCUGUAUACUUAUUACCAUGUGCUUUGGUGUUCAUCUUGAUGGGGGUAGUAUAAACAGGAUUGAUCAGUUUAAUUACCAUGCAUUUAUCCCACUAACAUGCAUGCAUGCACGCACCCACCUUAUAAUGUCUAAAUUAGUGAUCAUAAUCAACUCUGAAGCAAUUGCCCUCAGAAAUUACUUCUAA